AAACGCGACAAUCGUCGUGUGGUGGUAUUUCGCCUGCCACGAGUUGAUUUGUGCACAUUUGCAAAUACUCGCAGUUCGCAACCAUUUGCUCUUGGUGCCCAUGAAAAACGCAUGAUGUCGAAGUUUCUCAGAUCUUUUCCGCUCAAUCACGACGAUGUUGAUUAUUAUCUUCGAUGCGGAUUAGCAAGUCGAUACACGGGCAGUAAUUGGUCGAAUAAUCCUGUUCGAUCGAUGCGAGUACCACCAGUUGCAAUAUCUCCCCCAGCAAUGCUUGAAUUUCGCAAAAGUUUGCCAACAUUUGCGAUGAAACAGAAGAUUCUGGAUGCAAUUAACACGCACAAAGUGACGAUGAUCGUCGGUGGCACUGGCUGUGGCAAAACAACUCAGGUUCCACAAUUCAUAUUGGAGGAUGCUGCAGAAAAGGAGCAAAAAGUACGCAUAUUCUGCACGCAGCCGCGUCGUUUACCGGUUCUUGCAGUAUCGGCACGUGUGGCAAAAGAACGAAAUGAAAAAUUAGGCACAACUGUUGGUUAUCAUAUCAGGCUGGAACAGAAGAUCUCAGAACAGACAGUAUUAACUUACUGUACCAGUGGAGUAUUGCUACGAUUGCUCACAAGCGAUACAAAUGCAUGCAAUAUUUCACAUAUUAUCCUGGAUGAAAUCCAUGAACGGGAGCAAAAAACCGAUUAUCUCUUGAUAGCCCUUCGACAAGCGCUGAAGCAGAGGGAUGAUCUAAGGAUUAUCUUAAUGUCAGCAACGAUGGAAGAUAGUCGCGAAAUGUUCAGAGAAUAUUUUGGCCCAGGGAAUGUCUUUUGUUUAGAUAUUCCUUCAACUCUACAUAAAGUGGAUAUGUUCUUUUUGCCGGAAGUAUUGGCACUCACUGGCUACAAGUAUACCUCAUCGUUUGCUGGUGGCUCGUUUUUUCGCCGAGAACCGAGAAGUCUGAACAACGAAAGCUUUGCUGAAAUCUACAGCACUUUUCCUGUUGUGGAUGAAUUUCGCAGUGAAGACGUGGAAUCCUCACCAUCUCAAUCGCGGCGCAAGAAGAAGGUACCAAAUAUUACGGUUUUUUUGUAUGGGUGGCAGUAG